UUUAGUGUUUAUUUUGAUUACUUUUUUUUUAUUGUUUGUGUCCCGGGGUUCAGACGCUAAUUUAAAUUCAAAAAUGGAGAAACCACAAAAAAUUCCCAAAGUUGCCAAAGUGAAAAAUAAAGCACCCGCAGAGAUUCAAAUCACUGCUGAACAGCUUUUAAGAGAAGCAAAAGAACGUGAUCUUGAAAUUGUACCACCUCCUCCCAAACAAAAAAUCUCUGAUCCAGUAGAACUAAGAGAUUAUCAACACAGAAAACGCCGUGCUUUUGAGGAUAAUAUAAGAAGAAACCGUACAAAUAUAAGUAAUUGGAUAAAAUAUGCUGCUUGGGAAGAAAGUCAGAAAGAAAUUCAAAGAGCACGAUCAAUUUAUGAAAGAGCACUAGAUACAGAUCACCGAAAUAUAACAUUAUGGCUAAAAUACGCCGAACUAGAAAUGAGACAUCGACAAGUGAUGCAUGCCAGAAAUCUUUGGGAUCGUGCUGUUGUCAUCAUGCCUCGUGCAAAUCAAUUUUGGUACAAAUAUACUUAUAUGGAAGAGAUGUUAGGAAAUGUUGCAGGAGCUAGAGCAGUAUUUGAACGAUGGAUGGAAUGGGAACCACCAGAACAAGCUUGGUUGACUUAUAUAAAAUUUGAAUUACGGUACCAUGAAGUUGAUCGUGCAAGAAAAAUCUAUAAUAAUUUUGUUAUGGUACAUCCAGAUGUUACAAACUGGAUAAGAUAUGCAAGAUUUGAAGAGCAAAAUGGCUUUAUUGUUGGAGCACGAAGUGUAUUCGAAAAAGCAGUUGAAUUUUUUGGUGAUGAUCAUAUCAAUGAAAAUUUGUUUAUUGCAUUUGCAAGAUUUGAAGAACGGCAGAAAGAACAUGAACGUGUGCGAGUAAUUUAUAAAUAUGCUUUGGAUCAUGUCCCUAAAGACAGAUGCCAUGAUAUUUAUAAAGCAUAUACAAUACAUGAAAAAAAAUUUGGUGAUCGGACUGCAAUUGAAAGUGUUAUUAGUAGUAAAAGAAAACUACAAUAUGAACAAGAAGUAAAAGAUAAUCCAACAAAUUAUGAUGCAUGGUUUGAUUACUUAAAAUUAGUCGAAAGUGAAGGAAAUUUAGAAGUCAUUCGAGAUACAUAUGAACGAGCAGUUGCCAAUAUACCCCCUUCAAAUGAAAAGCAUGCAUGGCGUCGAUAUGUUUAUUUGUGGAUAAAUUAUGCUCUGUUUGAAGAACUAGAAGCUGAAGAUGAAGAGCGUACACGUGAUGUUUAUCAGACAUUUAUUUCUACUAUACCUCAUAAAAUAUUUACAUUUUCAAAAGCUUGGUUAUAUUAUGCACAAUUUGAAAUACGACAUAAAAAUUUAACUGCUGCAAGAAAACGAAUGGGUGUUGCAUUAGGUUUAUGUCCCAGAGAUAAACUGUUUAGAGGUUAUAUUGAUUUGGAAAUACAACUUAGAGAAUUUGAAAGAUGUCGUAUAUUAUAUGAAAAGUAUUUAGAAUUUGGAUCAGAAAAUUGUGUUACUUGGAUUCGAUUUGCAGAAUUAGAAACCGUAUUGGGUGAUAUAGAUCGUGCUAGAGCUAUUUAUGAAUUAGCUGUAAACCAACAGCGAUUAGAUAUGCCAGAAGUUCUAUGGAAAUCUUACAUCGAUUUUGAGACAUUACAAGGGGAAACAGAAAAGGCGAGAAAAUUAUAUGAAAGACUUCUAGAAAGAACUAAUCAUUUCAAGGUGUGGAUGAGCUAUGCACAAUUUGAAGCUUCUUCAGAAGAGGAAGGUAUUGAUAAUAUUUCAGUAGCGAGAAGAGUGUUUGAAAGAGGUAAUGAAGCACUACGAAGAGGUGGUACACCAGAAGAAAGAGAAGGCAUUUUACAAGCAUGGUGUAGAUUUGAAGAAGAAUACGGAGAUGAAGAUAGUAAAGCUAAAGUUAAAAAUAUGUUGCCGAGGAGAAUUAAAAAACGAGUGCCUUAUACUUCAGAAAAUGGAAGGGACAAAGGAUGGGAAGAGAAAAUUGACUAUAUUUUCCCAGAAGAUGAUGCUGCAAGACCAAACCUUAAACUUUUAGAAACUGCUAAAGCAUGGAAGAAAAGGAAAUUAGAAGAAUCAUAAAUAAAUGACCAAUGUGUAUUUUCUAAAAUUUAAUAAUAUUAUAAAUUACAUACCACUAUGUUUUUAA